AUGCUGAGCUGCAUCCGCUUUGAGGCGCUGUUGAACACCGACGGCGACCCAGACUGCCCCUGGCCUACCCAGGAUCCCUACCGUCGCUACGGCGCGGAGCACUUCGCGCGGGACGGCGCCAUCAUUUGGUUCGAGCCGCUGCCGCCCAUGCUGCCGAUCUUGGACUCGAACCCCAAGCUGCCGCCCUCCAAAAUGCCGGACGCGUUCUCUCUGGUCCUCGACCUUGAUGAGACUCUGGUGCACUAUUCUGAGCACGACGGCAUGGGAAGUUACGAGAUCAGGCCUGGCAUGCAGGAGUUUGUCCAGCGCAUGCACCAGAACGGCUACGAGCUCAUCAUUUUCACGGCGGCAACCCAGGACUAUGCUGACUGGGUGAUCGACCAGAUCGACCCUGACCGUCUGAUUCAUCAUCGUCUGUAUCGCCAGCACGCGCUGCCCUGGGGCCCCAUCUUCGUGAAGGAUCUCAGCCGCCUGGGCCGCGACCUGGACCGGGGGCGGCGGUGGGGGCGGGGAGGGACGAGGGAGGGACGGUGCCAUGGGGGUGUCUUCGUUUUUUUAAGGACGUGCUGA